CCCGUCCAUCAUCGCGGGGCCACCUCCGUCCAAACCAUGACGGUCACGCUGCGCCUCGAGGACGCCCAUACAGAUGGACGUACUCGACGCGCCUUACACGAAUUAUCACGAGCAGUGGUGAAGAGCACGAAGAUUGUCGUCGUGACAGGCGCUGGCAUCUCGUGUUCCUGUGGAAUCCCGGACUUUCGCUCGUCCGAUGGCCUGUACGCGCUCGUGAAGAAACAAUACCCGGAUGUCGUUCUCAAGGGCCGCGAUCUCUUCGACGCUUCCCUCUUCCGCGAUACCACGUCCACGGCGGUCUUCUACACCUUCAUCUCGCAGCUCAAGCAGUCUAUCGACAAGGCUACCCCUUCCCCUACCCAUCACUUUAUCAAAGCUCUCAACGAGAAGAAGAAACUCUUGCGUUCGUAUACCCAGAACAUCGACGGUCUCGAGGAGCGCGCAGGCCUUCUCAGCAGUUCCAGCGACAGUGCCAAGGCUGUCAAGGGAAAGUCGAAGAUCCGGAUCAAGGAUGUGCGGAAUGUGCAACUGCACGGUGACAUCCACCGCGUUCGCUGCAUCACUUGUUGCGCGGAACAGCCAUGUAUCCCAGAGUACGUGAAGAUGUUCAACGAGGGGAUCGCUCCGGACUGUCCCGAGUGCCUAAAGAGACGAGAGGCGCGCGUAGCCCGUUCAGCUCGUCCUCUCCGAGUCGGCUCAUUGCGCCCCGCUAUCGUGCUGUAUGACGAACCGCACCCCCUUGGCGACGAGAUAGGCGCCAUCCAGACCUCUGAUGUCGGGCGUAAGCCGGACUGUCUCAUCAUCAUGGGCACUUCCUUGAAGGUCCACGGCCUCAAGAAGCUCGUGAAGGACUUCGCCAAGACCGUUCACGCCGCUGCUACCUCGCGCAAGUUCUGCAAGGUCGUCUUCGUCAACCGCACGCCGCCGGGCGCGGAGUGGGCCGGCAUCAUCGACUACCACGUCGAGGCUGAUGCGGACUCGUGGGUGAAGAUGACUAUGGAGGAGUGGAAGAGUGCAUUUCCUGCCGACUGGGAGUCGCAGACGACGCUUGUCCGGGCGAAUGGAGACGUUACGAUGUCGUCGCCGUUCAAGACUGUCAAGAGCGCAGUCGCUGUACCUCCAGGUGUCAAGGGCAAGCGGAAAGAUAUUCGCAAGCCGGCUGGCGAACGCGAGAACGUACCUCCACUGGUCGACGACAUGGUUCUCAGCACACCUGACGCCGUGCGUACAUGGCCCAAGCCCGGUCCUGAAGAGUCUCCCAGCGUGUCUCGACGCGGGGCUGCGGAUCCGGACGCCAUGGCUCUCAGCUCGCCGCAAUACUUCAAGCCUCCGAGGCCGUCUAUGAUGGCGCCACUGUCCCCAAGCAAACGUCAGCAGCGCACCUCCCAUUACGACCUGCAAUCGAGUCCGUCUAAGAAGCAUACGGGAGUCAAGCCAAAGCUCGAGGACGACGAUAGCGAUGACGAGGAUACGCUCUUCGUCGGUUCGAAGGUGGUGCCACCGGAGGACGAUCCAUUCGCGUUGUCAGACGAGGAGAGCGAGGAGGUCAUCGAGAAGCCGUUGUCCCUGAUGGCUAAGCUGACCGCUGCUAAGCCCUCUGCACGAGCUCAGGAUGACGGUCAGUUGAGCAAGCCUCGGCGCACGACCCGUUCUCUCGCUCGGACACGGUCUGCGAAAGUUUGAGCCCACCUGUACUGUACAUUCUAUCACGCUCAGCAUCUUGCUACGGACCACGGAUUCGGUUAUCCAAUGUUUAUUGUGACGUUUUGAGCGGAUUGCAUUACAGUACGAAAGCAAAAGAUGUGACGGAAUCAAGAAUGAGGAAGCGAACCGAUGAGGGGCGGAGGCGAAGGUAUAUUAGUCCGUGAUGAGCUCAGAAACACUCCAGUCUUCGAAGCUCCCGUCAGGCAGAUAGCGUCGAAUGAUGAGGGGAAUUUUGCGCUGCGACAGCUCUUUAAUGGCGAUUUGAAGCGCGUCGGUCUCCCCGUCCAAAGGUACUAGCACAGGCGCAUUCAUACUGUGGGUAGCAGCUCGUGAACACGGUCAGUAAGAGCGCAGUGAAAGUAUUCUGACCUGAUCUGCAAUGCGCGAGUGCCCAGUAUUCGUGCGCGCUCGUACUUUGUGAGGUAUGGUGUUGUGACGCGCUCCUUGUUGGGU